AUGGUAUUCCGCUCCCCUCUAGAGCUCUAUCCCUCCCACUUCUUCUUGCCAAACUUCGCGGAUCCUCACCACCGCUCCCUACUUCUGGCUAGUAGCAGCGGCGGCGGCGGCGGCGGGAGCAGUGCGGGUGGAGGCGGCGGCGGCGCGGGAGGAGGCGGCGCGGGAGGAGGCGGCGGCGGUGGCGGAGGAGGCGGCGGCAGCGGCGGCGGCUCCAGGGCCCCCCCGGAAGAGUUGUCCAUGUUCCAGCUGCCCACCCUCAACUUCUCUCCGGAGCAGGUGGCCAGCGUCUGCGAGACGCUGGAGGAGACUGGGGACAUCGAGCGGCUGGGACGCUUCCUCUGGUCCUUGCCCGUGGCCCCGGGGGCGUGCGAGGCCAUCAACAAGCACGAGUCUAUCCUGCGCGCCCGCGCCGUGGUCGCCUUCCACACGGGCAACUUUCGCGACCUCUACCACAUCCUGGAGAACCACAAGUUCACCAAAGAGUCGCACGGCAAGCUGCAAGCCAUGUGGCUGGAGGCGCACUACCAGGAGGCGGAGAAGCUGCGCGGUCGCCCUCUCGGCCCAGUGGACAAGUACCGAGUGAGGAAGAAGUUCCCGUUGCCCCGAACCAUCUGGGACGGCGAGCAGAAGACUCAUUGCUUCAAGGAGCGGACUCGGAGCCUGCUCAGGGAGUGGUACCUUCAGGACCCCUACCCCAACCCCAGCAAGAAACGCGAACUGGCUCAGGCCACGGGCCUCACCCCUACACAAGUUGGCAACUGGUUUAAGAACCGGCGGCAGCGCGACCGGGCAGCUGCGGCCAAGAACAGGCUGCAGCAUCAGUCGAUCGGACAGAGCGGCAUGCGCUCGCUGGCUGAGCCUGGCUGCCCGACGCACGGCUCGGCAGAGUCGCCAUCCACGGCGGCCAGUCCCACAACCAGUGUGUCCAGCCUGACAGAACGAGCGGACACCGGCACCUCCAUCCUCUCGGUAACCUCCAGCGACUCGGAAUGUGAUGUAUGA